AUGGCAUUAUCAGGGCUUCUCUGUCGCGCGAGUUGCUGCGCGGCACCGUUUCUGAGAGGCGGGCGGUUCUACAGAGGUGGCCUGAGCCGCGCCUCCAGCACCGCGCUGGCGUUGACACUGCCCAUCAGCGCCUCCUCGACGUCCUCCUCGGUAGUACCCUUGAUCCGAGUCGACUCCUUGCGGGACAGCAAGCGUGGCUAUGCCCAACAUCGCAACACUCACGAUAGCAACACGGAGGACAUCUCGAACACCUACUUCGAUGUCCAGGACGUAGAUGCGGAUCGUCUUACCCACUUUUACUGGGACUCCAACGAUGACGCGGACACCCCGUACGGCGACUUCACCCUGGACAACUUCUUUGGUGAAGGGGAGGGGGACGAGUGGGCUGGGGAGUCGCUGGCCUUUGUGGACGAGCGGGACCAGCCGCUGUUGGAUGAGGAGUACCUCAAGUGA